AUGGCAGCCUCGCGCGUCAUUCGUGAUUUUCUUUUUCUUACAAACUCCCGUUCUCGAUGUACUGAACUAACACAGGAAGGUGAGCAGGUCACAACUGCGAUCGAGGACUUCGUGCCUCCAGACAGUCACGAGAUCGUACCCAAGUCCGACCGAUCGAUCUCGAACAUAUACAAGUACGGCGUCAAGGUGAAACACAAUCCCUCCGGCAAGUGGUUUUUCGCAUGUUUCGGGAGUGCAUGUUGCCGGGCGAACUUGGCCGCGGGCAUCUUCAUCGCCAUCGGCGAGAAAUCGGUAUCAAAUGCUAACGACCACAUCAAGGAAGCACGACGCAGGCGAGUGAUGCUCCCAAGCAGUCUUGAUUUUUGUUGUCAUUGGUUCGACUUCCAAGAAGACUGUAGCCGCGAAGGCGAAGACAAAAAUCGACUAGACUUGCGGGUGUCGAAGGCCGUGUCGUCUGCCAUGUACACCCGUGCCCAUCCGCGGUUUCUGGCCAUGAAGUGGGUCAAGUGCAACAUGAUCGAGGGUUUCUGCCCGGUGUCUCAUGGCGAGAAGGAGUGGGUGCGAGCGAGCUUGAAGCUGACUGCUCUCAAAAACUUCCCCAUCACUGGCAUCCACAACGAGGCCGUCAAGCAGAUGGUCGUAGAGAUGUACGCCGCGACCGCUUCCCAGUUCAAGAUGGAGAUGGCUGCCCAGAUAGGCGGCAUGCGGCUUCUGCACCUUAGCCUCGACCUAUGGGUGGACAAGUUCUCGAGCUUGAAGUACGUCGGUAUUCCAUUGUUCUACGUCGACCGGACCUGGGUGCUGAGGUCUCGCCUCAUCGCAGUUCGACAGUUCAACCCCACCAAGGAGCUGCUCGAGGACAACCGCCUCUCGGCUCUUGUGCAGAAGCACCUCGAGAGCGUGCUUGAGGAGUACGGCCUCGAUGUGUCACUUGUCUUCUCUGCGACGAGCGACUCUGGCAGCGACGUGAAGCGACUGUGCGACGUACUGCUGCCGGGGCUGUGGGAGUGGUGUGUGUGCCACAUGAUCAACUGCGCGUUGGUCGAGGCGUUCGGUACGCACGUGGAUUCGGCCAAGUCGAGAAACCCCGGUGCACGCAAAGUGAUCACGAUGGGGAAAAAGGUUGUGGAGCACAUCCCCAAAUCUCCCAGAGCGAAGGCCAUCUUCGAGCAGGAGCAGGUCAGGCAGUACGCGCAGUGUUACCACCGCAAGCUGGUUAACGCCGCACCCCAGCGGUGGUCAGGGGUGACAAACGUCUUGGAGGCGGUCAUCGUCAACCGUGCAGCCGUGAACGCCGUGUACACGACGGAAGGCAAGGACAGUCCGCUCACGUCCCUGACUAACGAGAUCGACGAGUUGUAAUCCAUCAUCAAGCCGGUCGCGCAAGUCAUCGUCAAGUGCCAGCAGACAUCUGUCCCUUCCGGGCAAGUUGCGGUGCUUGCCCUGGCGGCGCUGAAGCUCACUACGCUCCACGUCGACUCCCCGCUCGAGAUUUUGACCCCGGCGCGCAAGCUGGCUCAGGCCGGGGCAAGCGGCAUUGGUGGCGGGGAGCGACCGGCCACCAGCACUACCCGCGAGCACAGCUUGUUGACUGGCGUGGCCAAGGGUACUCGCCAGCAAAUGUGCAAGUCCGUUGACUGGCGGUGGUUCGACAAGCGCUGCAAGAGCGCCGAGAGCCAAGACACGGACUAUGUGCUCGAUAUGCAGAUAACCUUCCACCCGACCACGGCUGACCUGCGGUACGUGGGCAAGCUCGCGUCAACGUCAGCGUUCGGUGGUGCUGACCAAGUCGACCAUCACCGACAAGGUCAUCUCCUUGGCUGUGAAGCUGGCGGAGGCAGCGGCACUCCACACGGGGAAUGGAUCAACGACGCCUGCCGGGUCUGCUGCUGCCAAUGAGCCCGCUGCCAAACGUGCUCGUCAAGCGGCUGCUCCCGGGAGCGUGCACCCCCUGUUCAAGGCCCCCGUCAACAAGAGGGAGGAGGCGACUACAAACAUAUAUGCCAGCCUCGGCCUGUUUGGGCCAGGGGGUGACGGGCAGAACGAGGAGCCGCCGUCUUUCGAGCAGACUGCUCGCGCCGAGCUCACGAAGCUGAGGGCUGUCCAGUGCGGCAGUCUCGCGGCCGGGUUGAGUUGCGAG